AUGGCAAAGAAGGUUCGCAAACUUCUCUCUAAGAUAGUCAACCAAGAGCAAAUCAGGCCCACCAAUGAUGAAAUAAUUCCUCGCUUUGACGUUAUAGUUAAAGAGCACCCUCCAGCCCGCUUCAGUGACGAGAACACAGAUGGAAUAGAUAUCGAAAUCGUCUCGGGGGCGAUCACUGAAACUCUCUGCGGAGCGAGAAUUCGAUGCCAUUACCAGGGACGUAUAUCAGUCGCCAGACUUGGAGGCGUGAUCGAGAUCAAAACGAACCACCACUCACAGUUCUAUGGAUUGACUCUCGCCCACAUUGUAACUGGCGGGGAUAAUGAUGGGAGAACUUCGCGGUCUGAACCCGAUCAGGUCGAUUCCACGGAUUCGAGCGACAGCGACGAAGAGUCAAAUGGCCUAAUCUCGAUCCCCGACCGUGAUAUCGAUUCGGAACACGGCGUUAAGUCUGUGUUGAAGAGUCGCUCACCGCAGAAUGUUGAUGCCCUCUCCCCGAUAUCGAAUGGCUCACGUUUUACCCAACUCGAGGUCCAUGAGGCUUCGAAGAAUCCACCAGACUCAAGACCCGAUGACUGGAAGCCCUUUGGUCGUCUUGUCUACUAUGACGGAUUUGUUCACCAGCAGCUUCAAAGAUUGGAGAACUUAGACUGGGCGCUCGUGGAAUUGAAUGAUUUUGUAGACGAUGAAGAGAUCUAUCUCAUCCCGCUCGAAUCGAUCCUGUCACAGAUCCAGCAAGUCCUCCAGGCCGACAGCGUCGGUGUCCCGGAUUAUCAUGACGUGAUCAAGGCAAUGGUACCCCUAUUUGAUCGCCAAGCCCACAUCCAGCAUUCUUGUCACGCUCUCAUCCGGAAGAGUUACUACGCGGUACAGAAUCCAGUACUUCAAAAAUCCCGCGAAGACGUCUACAAAGCCGGGUGGGGAUCGACGUUGAUCCAUGCGGACGAUGCUCCUCUUGCAAAGGGUCUUCGAGACACUGAGAUCAUUCCUAAGGCGUAUGAAGAAGACGCUGUCUUUACCACGGCCAUCGCUCGGUUUACUUCCAUGACCGACGCCUUUGAAGCGCAGGCAACGCUUGAUGCAAACCUAACGCGGCUGGCUAAGUGUAACACAAUGGAUCUUAUGUCUAGCCGUAAAAUCUUACGGUUGGUCUCGCCGCAAACAGCUGCUCAGAAGUCGUUACGAUUUAGCAGUACCUUCCAGUCAACGGACAAGUCGUCCUCUCCCCUACUCGGAUCUCCCCCUGACCAUGUGUCAUCCGAAGCGAGUUCGCACUUAGGGACCAUUUUUUCGGCACAGUCUCCAGAGACUAGAGCAGCGAUGGAUCGUUUUCCUGUGAGAGGGUGGAAAGUGAUUAAUGAAGAUAGCGGAAGUGUUGAUACAGGGGAGCUGCUGAAAGAUCCCCUUGUAUACAUGAAUAGCUCCUCCACGCCCAGCGAACGCCAAGAGUACGCGAACCCUCAACUUCCUAUGGAGGCGUUUUCGGCUCUUUCGCUGAAAACUAACAUGAACAAUGGACCUUAUAACAACUACGGCUCUUUACCAUCUAAAGUACCGGCUCGAACUCUUUAUGCGCAGUGUCUUCAGUAUGGACGAAGCGGACCAUAUUCCAGGUCUCUGCAACCAUAUAUCUCACAUAACUAG